GGUACAUAUUUCUGUUUAAAUGCAGGCACCUGUUUCUUUUUUGGAACUGGAUCUCGCCACGGUUUUGAACUGACAUGGUAUGACAAGAGCUUUCAGAGGACUGGCUUUGACGCCUGAGUGCAUGUGACAGGAUUUGGGCUCUCCUAUUACAACAUCCCAGUGACAAUGCCGUCCUUGCCUAAUGAGGGAGAUAAUCAAGGGACCUCUUCUUUGAUGUUGAGCUCAGACCUGUCUUUCCAAAGCACAAUAAGGAGAAAAGUCAGAGAGAAGAAAAAACACGGAGCCAUCACUUCGAAUGUUGCCGGCACAAAAUAUGAGAUUGUACGUGUAGUAAUAGAAGAGAUGGGGUAUGUGAAGACUCGUGAUGACGAUGAGACUGCAAAUCUCAUCUGGAGUGAUUGUGCGGUGCAGCAGGAAAAGAUUGCAGACCUCCGAAACUACCAGAGAAUCAACCAUUUUCCAGGAAUGGGCGAGAUCUGUAGGAAAGAUUUCUUAGCAAGAAACAUGACCAAAAUGAUCAAAUCACAGCCUCAAGAAUAUAGCUUUAUUCCUCGAACAUGGAUCUUCCCUGCAGAGCAUACACAAUUCCAGAACUACGUAAAAGAACUCAAGAGAAAACGCAGACAGAAAACGUUCAUAGUUAAACCAGCUAAUGGAGCAAUGGGGCAUGGGAUCUCUCUUACAAGAAAUGCAGAGAAGCUGCAUUCUCAAGAACACCUUAUAGUCCAGGAAUACCUUGACAAGCCCUUUCUUAUGGAAGGCUACAAAUUUGAUUUAAGAGUGUACAUUCUGGUGACUUCUUGUGAUCCAUUAAAAAUAUUUUUAUAUCACGAUGGGCUAGUGAGAAUGGGCACAGAGAAGUAUCAUCCCCCCAAUGAAUCAAAUCUGAGCCAGCUGUAUAUGCACCUGACCAACUACUCUGUGAAUAAGCAUAACGAGCAUUUUGAACGGGAUGAAACAGAAGAUAAAGGCAGUAAGCGCUCUAUAAAGUGGUUUACUGAGUUUCUGCAAACAAAUCAGCUUGACGUUUCCAAAUUCUGGAAUGAUAUUUCAGAAUUAGUGGUGAAGACACUCAUAGUAGCAGAGCCACAUGUCCUUCACGCCUACCGUAUGUGUAGACCAGGCCAGUCUCCAGGAAGUGACAGUGUUUGCUUUGAAGUUCUGGGGUUUGAUAUUCUCCUCGACAGGAAACUCAAGCCAUGGCUCCUAGAGAUUAAUCGAGCCCCAAGCUUUGGUACUGACCAAAAGAUAGACUAUGAUGUGAAAAAAGGUGUUCUGCUGAAUGCGUUAAAGCUGCUCAAUAUAAGGCCAAGCGAUAAAAGAAAAAAUUUAGCCAAGCAAAAAGCAGAAGCUCAGAAGAGACUUUAUGGCCAAAGCUCAAUGAAAAGGCUCUCGCCGGUGUCUUCUGACUGGGAGAAACAACGUCGCUCCUUGGAAAGGAGGAGAGAGGAACUGAAAGAGAGACUUGCACAAGUCCGCAGGCAGAUCUCCAAAGACGAACAUGAAAACAGGCACAUGGGAAAUUACAGACGUAUUUACCCUCCUGACGACAAGCUGCUACUUGAAAAAUAUGAAGGUUUGUUAGCCGCUGCCUUUCAGACCUUCCUUGCUGGGAGAGCAGCUUCACUGCAACGGGAGUUGAACAACCCUCUGAAAAAGAUGAAGGAGGAAGACAUAUUGGAUCUUCUGGAACAAUGCGAGCUGGAUGAUGAGAAACUAAUGGGGAAAUCUGUCAGACCACGUGGACCGAAGCCCCUGUAUUCCAUGCCAGAAAGUUCACAGUUCUUGAAGAAAAACAAGAACUUCAGCAGCGGCAGUAGCUGUGAAAGCAGUAGUGACGUUUCUGAAUGGGAGGAGGAAGCUGAGAAAGAAGACAUUGUAAAGAAAGAGAAAAAUGUUUCAUUUGAUAUUGAAGAUAGGAAAUUAAUAGAACGAUCCAGUAGAAUGCACUGGAAGCGGCCUCUUAAAAAAGUUCCAUCUUUUGCAUGUACUACACCAUUGGCAGGUCCUAUCAGGCGUUCCGUCAGCUGCCCUCGGUCCAUUUCAGGCUUCAAUAUGCACAUGCAAGGUGGUGAAAACCGCCCUUUCUCAGCCAAGCCGGUACAUCUCUCUCGUCCGUCUUCUGUGAGUAGGUCACACUCUUUAAACAGAGGUUCACCUACAGUCAAAAUGUCUCACACUGCCAACCUGGGUACUGUACAUUCUUCUGUGGCUGAAAUUCAGCAGAGAACAAAAGAGCAAGAGGAGUCACUGACAAGGGAGACUCUGGUAAUUUUCAAUGACAUGAAGAUCCGAUUCCCAGGGAAAACGAAUGAAGAAGCAGAAUUAAUAAUUGAAGAUAUAAUGGAUAAUUGGAAAUACCAUAAGUCAAAAGUGGCCUCAUAUUGGUUAAUAAAACUAGACUCUGCAAAACAGCGAAAGGUUUUAGACAUUGUGAAAGCAAGCGUUCGUUCUGUUCUGCAACGUAUCUGGAGAGUUUCAGAUGUUGAGUGUUUACAUUUGUACCGACUUUAUAACCGUGUGUUUAAUCGCCUGCUGUGGAGCCAUGGCCAGGGGCUGUGGAACUGCUUCUGCAAUUCAGGGAGCUCCUGGGAGACGAUAUUCAGUAAAAGCACAGAAGCGGUGACUGCCGAUCAGCUCCAGUGUUGCCAACGAAUAGUUGAGCUUUGUAAACAGUGCCUACUAGUGGUUUACAAAUACUCCGCUGAUUCUAGAGGGUCCCUCACUGGAACUAACCCUGACUGGGAUGAUUCAAGGUAUUCACUGCCAGGACCUUUGCAGUUCAUCAUGAAACCCUCCGCCGGUUUUGGAUGUAGCUCAUCCGGAAUGACUCGUUCUAUUUUGUUUACACCUAGAUACGACCACUCAUGAAACACAAGGGAAUAUUAGAUAAAAUGGGCAAUUUGUUUUAUUUUUCUUCUCAAUUUCAAAUGUGCAAUGGAACUGAACAUAGGCACUGUUAUAUAUUUAUUACAGUAUAUAAAAUGUAGCUCAAAAACCUGCUGUAAACACUUAACCUUCUCGGAAAUGUAAUAAACCUUAUUAAAAUGUUUACAGAGAUAACGUGAAUGUCCAGAUCUUGCUAGGUUUCUAAGUAAUUCCUUCUUAUUAAUAAAAAUGUUAUUUUUUUGCUGCAGACUCACAAAGGUGCAAUCCUAUACUGAUGCUCUGCUGGCUGAGGGGCUUUGGAAUUUGGUGGAAGCCCUGCUAUGCCAGUGGAAUACCAGAUAU